CAGGGAUCAGCUGUUAGAGCUUAGAGCACCAUUUAGAGCACACACCAGCAACGGCAAUGGAUCACCUCUUGGAGGCAUACGCUAGUAGUAGCUCCGACGACGAAAAAAUCGAAGAAAAUGACCCGAAACCUGCCGUGUUGGGGGCAUUGCCAUCGGAGCUGCUCACCCUUUUCAAAGACAGCGAGUACGACCUCGCGACCGAGCGGCGGAGGGCAGAGGAGCGGGCAGGGAACAUCCCAUGGGUUCGAAGGUUUCCCCACGAGAGAGGGAACUGGCCGACGCACGUCUUCAUUCCAGUGCCCAACUCCUCAGCUUUCAAGAGCAUGGCGGAGGCGAGCGUCUCGCACUUCCGGCAAAGGCUAGCUGCGGCGUGGAGAGAUAGGCACGGGCGUGCUGAAGGUGGGAAGGGCGGGAGGAAGCGCACAAGUGAUGGCCGGCGGCGUUCCAACCAAGCGAGCGCUUCAUCGGCUGGGAAACUCGAUCCUCCGGAGGUAGUAAUGAAUAACAUGGAUCCCUCAGGGCGACAGCACCUUAGCCUCUCAAAAACGACCGCUCUGCGAGCCCACCAGAUAGACCCGUUCGUGCAGGGGCUUAAGGACGCCGUCAAAUCGUCUCGCAGGGUCAGGGGGGGGCGAAAAAUGGUUCUCGGCCUCAUCGCGAAGGUCGACCCAUUGAUGCGAAGGUUCAAGCAGUCAGGGUACUACGAGGAGCCCAUCGUACACGUGAGCGUCGCUUCGGUGCUAGGGGACGUCAGCACGUACGUCAGCUCCUCCUCUCGCGUCCCUUCUUCCUCGUCCUCAUCCUCCUCGCCGGGAAAAGGACCACCACGUGCUUCGCCACCGGGAGUGGUUGCCAGUGAAGCCCGCCACAAAGUAGGAGGUGGCAAAGACCCCCAAGAGGAUGGCAGCAGCAGCAGUGACGAUGACGAAGACAGCAGCAGUAUUAGCAGCGACGAUGUUCCUUCGGAGGUUUGUCUUACGGUCGACGUUGUUAUGUGCAAGGCUGGCACAACGUACUUUGAGGCACCGUUGGCAGGCCGUUGAUGGGGGACAGAAGCGACAGAGUCAAGGG